GAUGCAGCUUGUGAGCCAGUAUAAAAACGCUUUUCAGGCCUGCUCUGUCCUCUCGGGUGCAUAGCUACUCUAGCCACCAAACUGCACAAGCCAGGCCUUUACAAAAGAAAGAGAGAGGGGAAAUGAUGGAGGUGGAGAAGCCAUGGGAGUUCAAGGAGGAUGUGGAGAUCAUGGAGGAGGAAGAGGGCAGCAGCCUGCAGACAAGGGGCAGGAGCAACAACCACGCGCUCAUCAAUGGAGGAGAAGAAGAAGACGAGCACGAUGAAGAGGUUGUUGAGGAGCACAAGAGCGUCUUCUUUGAUCCAACCCAAGCUUCUGAAAAUGUUACUGAAGCAAGUGGUAAGAAUGAAGCUACAAGAGUGGAGCAGUUCGUCGCCAAAAAGGAAAAAACACAUGAAACUUCAAGUUCAAAAGGAAAAGAGCUUGAGACACAGGAAGAUGUUGGUUCUCAAGAAACUUAUAAACAUUCUAAUAACAGCAGGUUGGAAAACGGAUCACACCAAAAUGGUUCACAUGAAGUCUGUAACAGCGGUGAAACUUUUGCAGUUGCAAAUGGAAAAGCAGGCUUGAAAAUGAUCACAAUCAUUCACAAGAACCAAAACAGCCUGGCAAACUCAAAUGCUGCUCUUCACACUGGCAAUGGCAGCAUGAACAAAACCAAUGUUCAUGAAAUUGAAGCUGAGAAGGAGGAAGAUGUCAUAAAGGGCGAAGUGAACAUUGAAGAGUAUGAUCUUGAGAAAAUUCUUCAUGAGCAAGAAACCCAUGACAUAUUCUGUCCCAAUUGCAACUCGUGCAUAACUCGAAGGGUGAUCCUGAGGAAGAGAAAAAGGACAGUAAGACAAACAACACGUGAGGAGCCACCAAAGAAACCGCAGCUGGAAGAACCUUCCGCUUAUACUUCAAAUCAGACUAUACCUGAAACUGAAAGACAGGGGCAAGGGACACCAAUAUUCAGAUGUUUAUCAUGCUUCGCCUUCUUCAUUCCAACAGGUUGUGGCUUUAAUAUAUUCCGUAUAUUUGGAAGGACGGAGGUGAACCAAGAAGCUCAGGUACAGGAACCUUCUGCAUCACCUCAGAUGUCUGGCUCCGACAAUUGUGGAACUUGGCUAUUUUCUUGUUUCGAGCCUGGAGACAGUCCAAAGAAAACUGAUGCAGAAAAGGAGCCACUGUUAGAUGGCAAUAGUACGACUUCCCCAGUUGAAGGCAGCACAUCUGUGGAUCCUCAUGGCACAGGUGUAAAACAAGAAAGGUCAAAGAAACCAUUGCCAGCCGAGUCAUAUUCCCAUCUACAAGCUAGCACUUCAAAGAAAGAAGACUUCGCAGUGAGUGGAUCAUCAUCUGUAGAAGCUCAUUCAUCGUCAUCUGCCAGCAUUAUAAGCUCCGGACAGAGCAUGACAGGAUUCGUGCAGACAGAGGAAACACACGUGGUGAUUGGGCAGCAAGACGCCGUAGUUGAACAACAGAUUCCUCUUCCAAAGCCUGGAGAUGCAGCUCAUCUAGGUAAACAAAAGCAAGAAACUCCAGCAGCAAGCCACACAUUCCCUACGCCAGAAGUUAAGUUCCCAGAUGCAAAGCCAGCUAUAUUUAUACCAGAAGUGGCUCCCCCGAUGGUAGAUGAACCAAGUCGGGCUAUUGUGAUCCCUCCUGAAGCAGUCGAGCCACAAACUCGACCUGGUCAUUCAUCAGUGCAAAUAGGCCCUGAUGCUGCUAUGCCAGUGAGUGGUACUCCUGCAUCAGACCAAAGAGAUGAUUGGGACAUCCUGAAAGCCAUCGUCUAUGGUGGCCUCGUCGAAUCGAUCACCAGCCUCGCCGUCGUUUCAGCAGCUGCAUCCAGCGGCGCCAAGACAUUGGACAUAUUCAUCUUGGGGGUAGCUAACCUCAUCGGUGGACUUCCGGUCAUGUUUCACAGCAUCGCUGACCUGAGAAGCAUCGGAGAUGUGGAGGAGCAAGGCGGCCACUACUGGGCGCAGCUCGGGAGGCGAUCCAAGUACCGGUUGCACGUGGCCAUGGCCGUGCUGUCCUACCUCCUCUUCGGCCUGCUGCCACCGCUCAUCUACGGGCUGUCCUUCCGCGGCGGCGGCGGCGAUGUGAGGGAGAAGAAGAUGGCGGCGGUGGCGGCGGCGUCGCUGGCGUGCAUCGCGCUGCUGGCCAUCGGCAAGGCGCACGUCAAGACGCCGGCACGGAGCCGGAGCUACGUCAAGACCCUCCUCUACUACCUCACCAUCGGCGUCACCGCGUCGGGGCUCUCCUACGUCGCCGGCGUGCUCAUCACCGAGCUCCUCCACAACUUUGGCCUCAUCGACCAACCUACGACGCUCUUCUUCCCUGACGCAGCCUGGGCUUCAUACUGAAUCCUGCACAAUC